AUGGGUGAGAAGGCGGUCCCUUCUCUAAGGAGGCGUGUGAAGCGGAGCUGCCCUUCAUGUGGCCCAGAGCCUGGGGGUGAAGAGAAGAAGGGGAGAGGGAACCCUAUUUCUGUUCAGUUGUUCCCCCCAGAGCUGGUGGAACAUAUCAUCUCAUUUCUCCCAGUCAGAGACGUAGUUGCCCUAGGCCAGACCUGCCACUACUUCCAUGAAGUGUGCGAUGCUGAGGGCGUGUGGAGACGCAUCUGUCGCAAGCUCAGUCCUCGCCUACGAGAGCAGGGUUCUGGAGUCCGUCCCUGGAAGAGAGCUGCCAUUCUUAACUACACAAAAGGCCUGUAUUUCCAGGCAUUUGGGGGCCGCCGCCGCUGUCUCAGCAAGAGUGUAGCCCCUCUUCUAGCCCAUGGCUACCGCCGCUUCUUGCCCACCAAGGACCACAUCUUUAUCCUUGACUAUGCGGGGACCCUCUUCUUCCUCAAAAAUGCCCUGGUCUCCUCCACCCUUGGCCAGAUCCAGUGGAAGCGAGCCUGCCGCUAUGUUGUUUUGUGUCGAGGAGCCAAAGAUUUUGCCUCAGACCCAAGAUGUGACACAGUUUACCGUAAAUACCUCUAUGUGCUGGCCACUCGGGAGCAGCUGGAAGUGGUAGGCACAACCGGCAGCCGGGCCUGCGACUGUGUUGAGGUCUAUCUGCAGUCUAGUGGGCAGCGGGUCUUCAAAAUGACCUUCCACCACUCCAUGAGCUUCAAACAGAUUGUGCUGGUUGGUCAGGAGACUCAGCGGGCUCUACUGCUCCUCACAGAGGAAGGAAAGAUCUACUCUUUGGUAGUGAAUGAAACCCAGCUAGACCAGCCACGCUCCUACACAGUUCAGCUGGCCCUGAGGAAGGUGUCCCGUUGCCUGCCUCACCUGCGUGUGGCCUGCAUGGCUUCCAACCAGAGCAGUACUCUGUACAUUACAGAUGAGGGGGGAGUGUAUUUUGAGGUGCAUACCCCAGGGGUGUAUCGUGAUCUCUUUGGGACCCUUCAAGCCUUUGACCCCCUGGACCAGCAGAUGCCACUUGCUCUCUCACUGCCUGCCAAGAUCCUAUUCUGUGCUCUUGGUUACAAUCACCUUGGCUUGGUGGAUGAAUUUGGUCGAAUUUUUAUGCAGGGAAAUAACAGAUAUGGGCAGCUGGGAACAGGGGACAAAAUGGACCGAGGGGAACCCACACAGGUGUAUUAUCUGCAACACCCCAUUGCCCUGUGGUGUGGCCUCAACCACUCCCUGGUGCUGAGCCAGGGCUUGGACUUCAGCAAGGAGCUGCUGGGCUGUGGCUGUGGGGCUGGAGGCCGCCUCCCUGGCUGGCCUAAGGGGAGCGCCUCCUUCGUCAAACUCCAUGUCAAGGUCCCUUUGUGUGCCUGCUCUCUUUGCUCUACCAGAGAGUGUCUCUACAUGCUGUCCAGCCAUGACAUUGAGCAGCAUCCCGCCUACCGAGACCUACCAGCCAGCAAGGUGGUGGGGACCCCUGAACCCAAUCCAGGGUCCGGAGUACUCCAGGACCCUGGGGGGACAGCUUGGGCCUGUAAGGAGUACCUCAGCCAGAUCUACAGUUGCUCCACGUUGCAGGACCGCAUGGAAAAGAUGAAGGAGAUCGUGGGCUGGAUGCCCUUGCUGGCUGCACAGAAGGAUUUCUUUUGGGAGGCUCUGGACAUGCUACAGAAGGCUGCUGGAGGGGUUGGACAAGGCCCCCCAACACCUGAGAGCUGA